AUGGCCAAUUAUGAUAAAAGUGACGCAAAGUCAGGUUACAGUGGACGUCUCUCGGAUUUAGUAGACGAGCCGAUGAAAUUUCUACUUCCCAUCGAAGGGUACGAACUAAUGCCUUUGGUUUCAUUAGAAGAAGCUGUCGAACCGAUUAGAGAAAAGGUUCCUAAUAUCGACAAAAUGGUGUAUAUUGCUAAAGCCAAUCAUAAGAAUAGACCAACUCAACUUGCAGCAGACCUUUCUGCAGCCAUCACAGUCUAUACAAUGGAAAACACUGCCAAAAUGUCUUUAUAUUUCACGCUUAAUUCAACCCUACGCUGCAGCACAUCGGAUAGAGAAGAGAAUCUCAAAUGUUGGUUUCUCUAUUUGAAAUUAUUUAUUACCGCAUUAUCACAUCUACCGUCAUAUCAUGGAAUAGUUUAUCGAGGUGUCAAGCAGGAUCUCAGUGGAUUUUAUACGAAAGACAAGGAAUUUGUAUGGUGGGGUUUCUCUUCUUGUACCACUUCGCUGAGCGUUUUGCAAUCGAAUCUUUUUUUUGGAAACGAAGGUGUUGGGACAUUGUUUAUUAUUGAUUCCUUUACAGGAAAACAUAUUCGACAAUAUUCACACUAUGCAAAAGAAGAUGAGAUUCUUCUCGUUACCGCACGUCGUUUUAUCGUUAUCGAUUGCUUAAAUGUGGGUCCUGGUCGAUGGAUAAUUCAUAUUAAAGAAACGGAGCCACCAUUCCCCUUUCUAAAAACUGACAGUUCCAUCUCUUCGACGUUUGAACUGACUUCCAACAUCGAUCAACCACUGUCGACGGUCGAUGCUAGUGAAAAUACAGAUCACAUACCAAUGGCACAUGCUGAAACAAAUACAGAUAGUAUAGUAAUCGCACACACUGGAGUUAAUACAGAUCAUGUAACAAGUUCAAACGCUGAAGCAAAUACGGACUGCAUGAUAACUGCAAAUGUUGAAACGAACACAGACGACGAGGCAAGUACAGCAGAAAAAAGUACAACACAUCAGAAAGUAUGGUUCGAUACUCCAUCGAAGACAAAUACCAACGAAACAAUGUCAUCAGCGUUCGAACUCAUUAAUUCUGAUACGUCAACGUGUCCACAAGAUGGUUCGAUAGUAUCUCAAGCAGAGCCACAGAAACCAAUGUUGUCAUCUUUUCUUGUUUCGCAAAUGCCUAGUCGCUCUCUCGGCAGUGGUACAGAAAGUUUAAGUGAAUCAGUAAUUAAAAUACUGCGUUUAACCAAUGAAGUCAUUACCAAUACAAUGAUCGACGGUCUGGUGAACAUAGUCGCUAGCAAUCUCCAAUUAGAGACGAUUUAUCUUGUAAACAAUCAGUUAGGAGAUGAACUAAUGUAUCAACUGAUCGAAACUAUAUUCGACCGAUCUAAUUUAAGAGUCUUUAUUAUCGAUAAUCGAAUAACGGACAGAGGUGCAGCAUUACUAGCAGACGUAUUGAUUCGCUGUCGACAAGUGUUCACUAUGUUGAAUCUUGAGAGAAACCUGAUCGGCGAUCAAGGCGUCAUAUCACUCAUGAACGCAUUAACACAAAGUCCAGACUCUAGCCUAAAAUCAUUAAGUCUGAGUCGAAACCUGUGCAUAGGAGAUGGAUGUAUCGAUAGUAUCAUUGAUACAAUAAGUGAUAAUCAUACUUUGCGAUCUUUAUAUUUAGAAAAAUGUAAUUUAUCCGAUGAUGGCAAACAACGACUUCAAAAUACAAUCGGCAAGAAAUCUACAUUUCAAUUACAACUUUAA